AUGGCUCGUACCCGUGAAGUCCUCUUCAAGAUCUUCUACAGCUCUUCCUUUACCGCGGUCUUCCUACUGCUCAUAGCCUUUGUAGGUGUCGCGCCGGCCGACAAGCUGUACGAGUCGUAUCACCGGCGACGAGUCAUCGACAUAAUCAUCGUUGCAGCCGCAUGGGUGCUGACCGCAUUGAUCGCGGCCUUCCUAUACGGCACUCGCCUCUACACGAAUCGCUCGAUACUCCGAGACAUCCCCAAAACGUUCCUCCCCAUUGAACGGGAAGAUCUUCCCGGGCGCAAUGUUCAUCGACUCAUUCAAGAGACGUUUGCACGAUCAGCCGUCGUGGCAUAUCAUGCAAAGCCGCGCAGUCGGCGUAUCGAGACUGAACUUGAGGGUGCGGGUGAGCGCAUGCUAGUGAUCACCAAGCAGAUCAAGCAGCAUCAUCACGAGCAUUCGAUCACACCACACGAGCGUGUAUUGUUGGAGCCGCAAUGGGGCACUGUGGUCCACGCCGGCUGGCAGUCACCCGCUUCGGACGAAAUGGCGAAUCUCGAAUAUGCGGGUGUUGCGGACGAACUGAUCGACCUCAUCGAAGCAAAGGCUGUCAGCUUGGCUCCUGGCGACAGCCCGCUUGCGCUGGACGAAAGUGGGGUCCCACAGCCAGAUGCCAGGAUCGUUGAUAUGCUCGCCCGACCUCCAGACAUGGGGAUGCGAAACUACCUGGCAGAACUGGCAGACGUGGGCAUGCUGCCUGAUGCCGAUCUCACAGACGAGUUCGUGUCCACUUACGAAUACUCACGCUUCAGUGGCAAACCUUUGACGGAGACCGAGUUUCAAGGCAUGAUGCGCAUGUUCGCCGAGCUUCUUCGGAGCAUGACGGGGCCUGCUGUCGAUCUCUUGACUUUCUCCGACGACGAGGGAGACGAUAUCGACGCCAAGCCUCGAUCUUCUUCGCCUUCGGGAAAUUCAAGCUUGUCAGCGUCGUCGAUUGUGCACAACCCAUCGGCGCCACUAGAGGUAUAUGAAGACUCGGUGCCUAGUAUGUCGAGUACCUCUCUUGACGAAGGCACCCACAGCAUGUACACCACGUACACCGCCCCACAGUCGGCUUCUCACUCGCAGUCGAGGCCUCAGCAGAGCUUUAAUAGCAGGCCUAGUUAUGUCAGACAAGGCACGUCGCGCUCGCGACCAAGCCUGAGGCAGACGCAAAGCAACAACAGCUUCAAGUCUGCGGCAACAAGUCGAAGCAGCAGGAGUGCUGGGACACAGGGUAGUGUCAUCAGACUGGUUACGGAAGAUGCGGCCAACCGAGAUGUUGGUCUCGGCCUACCCUAUGAGAUCAGCGUCAAUGGUUUUGGAAGCAGUCGGGAGGGGAGGGCCUAG